CAGUCAUUACAGAAACUGUAUGAAGAGUGAUGGCUCCUGUUGAGGAGGGUCUUGUCAGCUGGUUAUCAGGUUGUUCUUCCUCCCUUCAGAUUAGCGUUGUGUCAGCCCUCUUCAUCGUCAUUUAUGUCACAGUCUACAGCCUUUGUACAAGCUGUUUCAGUAUAUCUGACAGCGUUUCACCCAGGUAUUUGCACAGACGAGAGAAAACAAAUAUUCCAUCUGCACCUCAACAAAAUAAACUACCUGAGUCCCAGAGUGUUGAAUAUAUGCCAGAUGCCAAGGAUCUAACUGAUCAUAUAUACUCACUCGUGGAGGCUCAACUGAAUGAGGAAAAUCCUUAUGAGUGCAUUAGUGAGCCUCCAUUACAGCCUCCAUCUGACAAAGCUGAAGGGGAGAAUGAGAGCCCUUCUCCAGCAAUGACAAAGCCUGAUGAUAAUCACUCCGUCUCAGCCCCCAACAAACCAGUAAACAAGCAGGCAGUGGAGCAGCCUGAUGCUUUACCUCAACAUCUGACCAACUCAGAACCGACUGCUGUCUAUGCUGCAGUGAACUGGAAAACCAAGAGUCAGAAGAACAUAGCACCUCUGUUUGAUACGGAUACUGUGGUUGAUAUGAGUGAUAUUGCUAAGGAGGCUGUCCCUCCUAUUCCAGACAAACAUUUCUAGUAUGACAGAAGGCCAACAUUUUAAUUUAAAAUACAUUAUGUGUAUUUAUUCACAUUUUGCAAGCCUUAAAACAAACUUGCAACACAAAUGUUGUUAAAAAUAAAUAUUUUUUUAUUUAUUUGCUUUUUAUCAUGUGAACUAAUAAAUUUGUCCAUUCAUUGCCAUAACUUCAUAUAAAACUAUAAAGGAAGUCAACCAUGUCUGGGUUAUUGUAGGUCAGUGUGAGUCACAUGACACAAUGCCUUGAGCCAGUACCCAGACUGGAUUCAGAGACUGAAACCCAACAUGCUUGUGCUGUCCAGACCUAAAAUCCCCUUUGGAAGAUGAAGUCCGUCGGGCACGGCUGCCGACAGAAGAAAGCUUAUAAUCCCCAGACAUCAUUACAUGAUGAAUGCUUUCUUCUAAAUGUCUGUUUGUAAAUACACAAUGCUGAAUAUUUACGAAAUAGACCAAAUGAUGUAGGUGAAAGGUGACACGUCAAUGGACUGCUCUGGAAACUGCAGAAUGCUGUCUAAACUGGGCAGUUACCUUAGAAUGACUUAAAAUAAUCUGUCUGUCUGUCUAUUCACAC